CUCGUUUUGGCCAAUUGCAAGCAAUGGGUUAGACGUUGGGGUUUCCCAAUUAAGUGCGACCCGCGAACCUGUUCUUCGCAACCGAAGAAAAACUUCCAGAAGACCCCAAUUUCGCAACCGUCUUUUCAACAACAAGGUUUAUUUUUAAAAGGUUGUUCAAUAAGGGGGAUCAUGCGAGCUUCUCCCCCUCGCUCCCCCUUUGCUGCUGUCAUUUUCCUUUCGGAAGCAGCAGAGCGGAGUCGAAGCGGAGAGGAGAAGGAGCAAAAGUAAACAUGGCUUUAAAGCGGAUCAACAAGGAGCUGCAGGAUCUGGGCCGCGACCCACCCGCUAACUGCAGUGCUGGCCCCGUGGGCGAUGACCUGUUCCACUGGCAGGCGACCAUCAUGGGCCCCGAGGACAGCCCGUACGCCGGCGGUGUGUACUUCCUGAACAUCUACUUCCCGGCCGACUACCCGUUCAAGCCGCCUAAGGUGAACUUCACGACGCGUAUCUACCACUGCAACAUCAACGCCAACGGCGGCAUCUGCCUGGAUAUCCUAAAGGACCAGUGGAGCCCUGCGUUGACUAUCUCGAAGGUGCUGCUAUCGAUCUGCUCGCUGCUCACGGACGCCAACCCGGACGACCCGCUCGUGCCCGAAAUCGCGCAAAUUUAUAGAACAGACCGCGCGCGUCACGACGCUACUGCUCGCGAAUGGACCGCCAAGUACGCCACUUAGAGCACGCUAGGAGUAGGAGAUCUUCGGCCUGUCCACGUGGCAGCAUAGCUACUACACGCAGCAGGAUGUUUCGUCUGAGCUGAUACUUCAUAGUGUUAGUUGCUGCUGUGCGAAAGGACGUGGUGAACGAGGACAGUCGGUAAAGCAGCAGGAAAGUGCAAGCAAAAUCUCAAGUUUGUUUUGUUUUUCAUGCUGAGUCGGGCCGUUGGUUGUUUCUGGUGUUUUUCUUUUGCUUUCGCUAUGUCUUGAAGGGGAUUAUUGCAGGCCUUGAUUUCCUUUGUCUGUUUGUCCGUGUUGUACGCCGCGUGGUUUCAACUCUUGAAUCACUGGUGCCUCUAACUCAUCUUGAUCACCUGCUAGGG